GUUUUGGGGGACAAGAUCUUGUCAGGGGCGGCUGGCUGUGGAAGAGACGCAAGGAGAAAUACAGGCAUAUCUCACGACAUGGGGCCGCCCGCUUUUAAAGGGUCACCGCCGCAUUUGGACACUCGGAUAUGGUCUUAUCAUGAAGGAUGUAACAUAAAGGCAUGAUCGACAGACAGGCUUGCCGGCAGUUCGCCGGCAUCCAAAAGAUCUAGGGAGCGAUAUCCGGUGCUCAAACCCUGGAUGGCGGGGGAGGAUCCGCUCUACCGGCACACCUAUCCUCGUGUGGCGGCCGAUCCAACGCGCCGGCACCAGGACCUGCACACUUCACACCAUCCUUACCAAGCAUCCUCGAACCUCAGGCCUUCGACAGCAGAAGUGAUAGCCACACCAAGGCUGGUGUUGAGAGCAAGGGAUUCCAAGACUCGGGCACCCGAUAUGCAAGCCAUGGAGAAGGCGCAGGGCGCCGCAAACUCCAUACCACGCCGGGCUCGUCCCGCCUCGGGGCUGAGGUCAUGCAAGCGAGCAAUCCUUGCCUCAGGCACCGUCGUUCUGGUCACGACCUGGCUCACUUGCCUGUCUAACUUUCGAUCACCGUUCCCAUUCUUCCAGGGCAAGCGAGAAUCUACCUUCGAUAAGGCCCAGCGAUGCGCCAUCGACAACCUGCACAGGGACCUGUCUUUCUUGGAUCGGGCCAAGCCCAUCACAAUCGAUGAGUUCGUCGGCCGGCGAGACCGUCUUGCCCAGGCCUUGGCAGCAUCUGAAAUAGAUGCCUUCGUCCUUGAGCCGGGCUACACCUUUCAAUACUACGGGAACAUCUCACAGACAGACUGGGAGCCCUGGGAGCCUGAAGAACGACCGUUUCUCAUGCUUGUGCUGCCCGAGCAGGCUGAAAAUGGUACCAUCAGAGCCAAGACCGCAUUCCUGUCGCCACAUUUCGAAGAAGGCCGCGUGCGGAUGCUUGGUAUCCCCAGUCGUGACGCCGAGCUUGACAUUGUCAUCUGGGAGGAACACUGGGACCCGUAUGCCACGUUGCUGAAGUCGCGGCUCUUCGCCGACCUGAACCACAAGCCCAAGCUGAUGAUGGACGAGGAAAUCCGCGACUACAUUGUCAGGGGACUCGGUGGCGUGGGAUUCCAUACCGUAGGGCUGACCCCGGCCGUAGAGCUUGUCCGGCAGACAAAGAGUGCUGCAGAGGUUGAGCUCUUGAGGGCUGUAAACACGGGAACGGUCGAGGCUGUGAGGGCUAUGCGGCCCUGUCUCGUGCCUGGCCUGACCGAGAACCAAGUCACGGAUAUCCUCAACAACGCGAUGCUCUCGAUUGGCUUCCAGCUGUUCUUCAACAUCGUGCUCUUCGAGGGCCACGGAGCACUGCCCCACGGCGGCUUUGUUACAGGUUGGCUCAAACUAACAUAUGAGAGUAUGGUAGUCAUUGACGUGGGCGCCCAUUAUCUUGGAUAUUCGUCCGACAUUUGCAGGAGUUUCUUUAUAGACCCGCCUGCAGGAGCCUACACUUUGGGUGGCCGCCUUAGUGACAAUAUUCGAGGGCUUAUGGGACUGCCAAGCGGCCGGAGCGAGGAGGGGAUCACGGAUCCAGACCUACAUGCAGAGAAACUUCGGGUUUGGAAGAUCGUGUUCGAGGCACAGACGGCUGCAGCGGGUGCAUUCAAACCAAACGCGACCGCCGCAAGCGUUGACGUUGCAGCCCGGACCGUGAUUGAGGACGCUGGAUAUGGGAAUGGUUUCACGCAUCGACUGGGCCAUGGGAUUGGGAUCAAGGCUCACGAGUCGCCGUACCUGAACAAGUGGAACACGGGCGUUCGUCUCUCACCCGGAAUGACAUUUACGAACGAGCCAGGCAUCUAUCUGGAGAACCGCUUUGGGGUGCGGCAUGAAGAUAUCUAUCUGGUUAAAGAGGAUGGUGAGGCCGAGUUGCUCUCUGGGAGACGUGCGCGAGGCCCGUAUGACCCUUGAAGAGGCCUCCGAGCAGUUCCGGCCGUCACAGCGCCACGGCCUUCAGCACCGCCACCGCAGCCCAGCCGGCCGCAAGAAGAUCCAAGAAACCGAUGACAUGCAUGCUCUGGGAGAUCGCAGCAUUGUACUGGUCCACCAGCGGUACCUUGGCCUUGGUGGCCCAAAAGUUGUGCAUGUAGCGGCUGGCACCGAAGCGGAGGCCCACUGCGAGGGCGGCUGGCCACAUGGUCCACCACGGAGCGGCGAGGACGCUGGAGCCGUCUGGUGCGAGGAGGAGGUACAUCACUGCUGUGAUCAGGGACACGAGGCACUAGAAGUGAGCACGUCAUCAAUUGAUUAUCAGCUGUGUCAGGCAGUUCGAAACUUGUUCACUGUAUCUACAAACCCAGGACGUGGCGGUUGCUUACGGAGAGAAAACCAGUUCCUAUGGUAUAGCGCGUAUCCCACAGACGUUCCCGGGCUGCGUUGUUCCACUCGGCCAACUUCUCUGCCUUGGACUCGUAUUUCUUCAUGUUGGCCAUGGACAAGACUGACACGGACAUGGCGUAAGCACUGAUGAGGGCAAUGAUGAGAGCCACGAGGCCUGUUGGGAAGGACAUGGUCGGAGAGCGUUGGGCGAGAUGUAGGUCGAAGGGAUGGUGCUUUGAGACUGAUGUUUGGGUGUCAGAAGCUGUCCCAGU